AUGGCUCUUUUUGAAAUAAAAAUCAAGACUAGUAAGCUACCUGUUGUAUCUAAGAAAAUUGCUAGCACCUGGAAGUGGUUUUCAAAUGAUCAUAACUCUAGCAAAGCUAGAAUUCUUCUUCUUUGGGAUCCUAAUAGCCUGGAAGUUCAAAUUGACAGUCAAUCAUCUCAACAUAUCACUUGCUUGGUUAGAUCUUUUGAUGGCAGGAUUGAUUGUCUUAUUAUAACUUCAAUAUAUGGUCAUAAUCAAUUGGAAAAUAGAAGAGAUCUUUGGCAAGAGCUAAAUCAAGCCAGGUUAUCUGCUGGAAAUAAGCAUUGGAUUCUUUGUGGUGACUUUAACACUAUCACUGGAAGUGAUGAUAAACUGGGUGGUGCAGUGGUAACUGAGACUAAAACUACGGAUUUCAUGGAUUUCAUUGAUGAUUGCCACCUAUCUCACAUGAAAACUGAAGGCUGUCAUUUUACUUGGAAUAACAAGCAAGAAGCAAACUCAAGAGUUUGGAGUAGGUUGGAUCGAACCUUGGUAAAUGAUGCUUGGCUAAAUCUUUAUAAUUCCAAUCAUGUGGAGUUUUUACAACCUAGUUUCUCAGACCAUUCUUCAGCAUUGGUUUCAAUUUAUGAUGAAUGUGUUCAAGGUAAAAAGCCUUUUAAAAUUUUCAAGAUGUGGAUUAAGCAUGAAGAUUACAUUCCCACUGUCUCUUCUAUAUGGCAAACAUCUAUUACUGGCUGUAAGAUGUACUCUGUUGCUAGCAAGCUGAAGCUUUUGAAGGUUGCUCUGAAGGACCUCAAUAGGAAAAUUUUUCAUAAUAUAAGUGAACAAGUAAAUAGGGCAAAGAUAAAUCUGAAAAAAGCUCAAAACAACUUACAAGCUGAUCCUCUCAAUUCAGUACUUAUUGCACAGGAGAAAGAAUGCAUAGUUACUUUUAAUAGAUUGUUGGAGUGUGAAUUGUCCUUCUAUCAGCAAAAAUCAAGGAUUCAAUGGAUUGUGCAAGGUGACAGAUGUACAAGUUACUUUCAUUCUGCAAUCAAGGCUAAGAGGCAUCUCAACAGAGUAAAUCUACUCUAUAAUAGUGCAGGUGACAAAAUUACUGAUGCACAAACAAUUGCUCUUUCCACUGCUGUGACUAAGGAUGAAAUCAAAAAUGCUGUUUUUUCCAUGGAUGGUAAUAAAGCUCCAGGUCCUGAUGGAUUUAAUAUGUCCUUUUACAAGUCUGCAUGGAGUAUCAUAGGAGAUGAGGUUUCACAGGCCAUUCUUGAGUUUUUCAGAACUGGGAAGCUCCUUGGUCUUGGGUUUCCUGAUAUUUUUAUAAAUUGGAUCAUGGUGUGCAUUACAUCUCCUAAGUACUCUAUUUCCUUAAAUGGUACUCUUCAUGGAUAUUUCAAAGGAGAAAGGGGUUUGAGACAAGGUGAUCCUAUCUCUCCUUAUUUGUUUACAUUGGGUAUGAAGUUCCUGUCAAGGAAAUUGGAUAUGUUCAAGGAGGACAGAUCAUUUAAAUUUCAUCCUAGAUGUGGUGAACUAAAAAUCAUUCAUCUAAUAUUUGCGGAUGAUCUCCUCCUCUUUUCAAAGGGUGACAUACAUUCUGUUAAACUUCUUUUCAAUUACUUCAAGGAGUUUAGUGAGGUAUCAGGUCUGGUAGCAAAUCCAGAAAAACGUAAGAUUUUUUACGGUGGUGAUGAUAACUAUGCCAAAUGUCUGAUUAGAAAUCUCCUGAAUUUCACAGAGGGUGCUUUGCCCAUCAAUUACCUGGGGGUUCCUUUGAUAUCCUAA